AAUAUGUAUGGAAUUUAAAGUGAACUUACAUUUAAGGAAACAUGGCAGAAUUCACGUUUGAAGGAGAAGUUGAUAGUUUAUCACCACGCCAAAGGGAGUUCAUAAGUGAACUAUUACAAAAAAGAGGACUUAAAGUUCAAAAGGUUCAAAUAGAAACCCUCGGAAAAGCUGGUGAUAAUUAUGUUGCUAAUUUUAAGAAGAUUAUAGCAGUACUUGAAAAUGGACAAACAUUUGAUAUGAUAGCAAAAGUUGCACCUACUAACGAAAUUGUGAGAGCUACUAUGGGCACAGUUGUACUUUUUGGAAACGAGUGCCUCAUGUAUAAUGAAGUCUUGCCUAAAUUUGUUGACUUACAACGUGCUGCAGGUAUAUCAGAAGAAGAAUUUUUCCGUUCUCCUGAAUGUUACGGAACUUUGAUGGAGCCAUUAAACGAAAUCUUACUUUUGGAGAAUUUGAAAGAAUCAAAUUUCGAAAUGCUUGACCGUUUUACUCCCUUGACAAAUGAAGCUGUUAAACAGAUUCUCAAGAAAUUUGCACUACUGCAUUCCUUAUCGUUUGCAUUGAAGAAAGAAGAUCCAGAUAAAUUCGAUUCCUACAGUAAAAGGUUUCAAGAUUUCUUCGCAUUGUUGAGCGCUAAUCCUGAAUUUCGGGAGUAUUUAGCUAGUAUUGAGAGAGAUACGAUUUCGAUAUUGGAUAGUGACGUUUAUAAAAAGGCAGUUCGUGGGAGUAUAUCUCAACUAGUCGAGCAUAGUGCGAAGAUAUUCAAAUAUGAGCGUAAUUUGAGAUAUUCUGUAGUUAUUCAUGGUGAUGGAUGGACCAACAACUUCAUGUUCCGUUUAGAGGAAAAUAUUCCAGUUGAAGCCGUUUUAAUUGACUACCAAUUAUCUAAAAUUGCAAGCCCAGUAACUGAUCUGCAGUACAUGAUAUUCAGCAGUACAGACCACAAUACAAGGCAUCAACAUUAUUACGAAUGGAUAGACUUUUAUCACUCUGAAUUGGACAAAUGUUUGGCCAACUUUGGUUUAAAAGCCAACUACGUGUACCCGAGGGAUCAACUCGAUGCUGAUUUACGAAGAUACUCUAAAGUAUUUUUCUCUUCUUCGAUAUUAUUAUUGACAGUGUUAAUAAGAAAAACAGAAGAUGCCGCUAAAAUGAAAGAGGCAAUGGAAUCUAAUCAAGAUUUACAAGAUAUAUCAGCAACAAUACAAACAUCUUCUUUAGACCAGGAAUCAGUUGCUUUGUUCAAACGCAAAAUUGAAAAUUUGGUUGACAGCUACCGCGAAUUUGGCUAUCUUGACUAGUCUUAUAUAUAAAAUUCUCAUGUCACAUUGUUCGUUCCUGUACUCCUUCGAAACGGCGAUUCUCAUGAAAUUUUGUGAGCUAUUGAGUAAGUCUGAGAAUCGGCCAACAUCUAUUUUUCAUAUCCCUUAGUGAUAAGGGUUGUCCACCCUUAGCAUUUUUUUAACUAGAAAUUACGUUAAAAUGCCCUGCCGUGACAGCUAGUUAAUUAUUAAAUGUCAUCGAUGUAGGAAGUAUAGUCGCAAAGUUAAGUUAACCAAAGAAAAGAGGACAGAAAUAAUCAAAUUUAAAGUACUUUAUUAUGGAAAUAAAAUUAAAAAUAUUUGACAAUAAAUAUAAACUGAAAUAAAUUGAAGAAAAACUCUAACAUUAUUUCCUAACCAACAAAACCAUGGCAACCGUCGCUAUGGCGUACAUAAAGAAGGUUGCCUACAUCACUCCCCUCCAGAGACCGUGUUAACAAAAGUUAAAUACUUUUACGUUAAUCGAGAAAAAAGAACUUCAAAGAAGUAUGUCAAGGUUUUAGCUAUCCUAGGACUUAAGUAAUUUAUUAUUUUUGUAAUCGAUCUCUGCAUGCGACUAUAUAGAAAUUUGGAAAUAGGUGUUGGAUCCUGCAGCAAUUUGAAAUAAAUAUAUGGCUUAGGCUCUGCAGCAAACGGGAAUAAAUAAACAAUUAAAUAAGUUUAUCAAAUAAGGAAGCGUUGCCGAACUAUCUUCACUAUCGAUCGAUCCUUCAAAAGAAAACUCCGAUUAAUACUAUCGAUAUUGUCGGUAGUUAGUUGCAAGGUAAGCAGCAAUAGUAUCGAUACUAUCAAUAUCAUGGACUAUCAAUAGUGGACUAUACACUAAAAUAUAUACAUACAUACAUAAAGAUACGUCUAUAUUCCUUGCGGGGUAGUCAGAGCCACUAGUCUUGAAAAGACUGAUAGGCCACGUUCAGCAUUAUGAUAGAAUAACGAUUUUAAUAGUGACAGGUUGCUAGCCCAUCGCCUAAAAAAAAAGAUCGCCUUUUAUCACAUCAACGUCACGUCACACACUUAAAUAAGUAUUUUUUUUAAUCCUCGGUAUCUUUAAUUUCAAUUCUUCCUGCAUUGAUUAUAUCUUCAUGGUCACGUCCGCUUCUGCAAUACUGUUUUGUUCUUUGUAAGAUUUUGUUUAAUCAAUAAAGUUAUGAUAACAAUGUCUAUUUCAA